UCGCCCGCAAUGCCAUCGCUCCUCACGAUUCCGCUCGAGCUGCUCGUGGCCAUCUCGGCCCUCCUGCCCACCGAGGAUCUCGGCGCCCUCCGUCUGGUGUGCAAGCAGACGGAGAAGUCGCUCUACGAGUGGUUCUCCAAGGAGUUCUUCAGCAAAAAGCAAUUCAUGCUCACGCAUGCCAGUCUGCAGGCUCUGAUCGACAUCUCCAAGCACGCCAGCUUCUCCAAGAAGCUGACCCACGUCAUCAUUGCCACCAACAUCUACGAGGAGAUACCACUGCGCUUCAGGAACGAGGAGUCGGCUGCCCGCUACAUCCGCGGCUGCGAAGAUCAAAAUGCCUUGCUGAGUACAGGCGUAGACCGUGAGAUGCUCACCGAGGCCUUCUCACGGCUCGACAAUCUCCACACGGUGGGCAUCCGCGACUUUGACGCCAACAACCGCACUCGCGAUGGGAAGAGCUGGUCGUCGUGGGGUGCAACAACCGUGUACCGCGAGACGGGAUUCCAGCUCAACUUUGCCGACCGUGGCUCCUACUCUCCGGAAAUCAGCGCGCGUUUUGUUUCGCGCGUCUUUUCCACUGUCAUGUAUGCUCUGGGAAGAGCCAAUCGACAUCCUCCUGAGUUCGAGGUGCUGCUUCGACAUUACGGACUACUCGACACGGCCUUUGCCCUUCCAGACUUCCUCCGCCCGGCGGUAGAGCCUGUGUUGCGUAAUUUGACCACGCUGUUGUUGAAUGCUGGCCAUAUCCAUUGCUCGUUGCAUACCCACAGCAACGGCACCUCGGCCGAUCCGCAUCCAGGCCGCGCGCUUCGAUAUUUCCUGGGGUACACGCCAAAUCUAACACAUUUGCGCCUGAACUUUGAGAAACACCGGAUCAUCGAUAACGAGGCCUUCUUGCGGUGGCUCAGCGAGCCAGCGCCCACAGGCCGGGCAAAUGCUACAUUCCUCAACCCGGCCCCAAUUGCCCUUCGGCAAUUGAAAACGCUUGAGCUCGGCCAGCUCAAUAUCGUGCCCAACCUAGUUGUCCUGCUCAUCUCCAAGUUUGCGCCAACUUUGGAGGAUCUCAGUCUUUGGAGGAUGAACCUCCAUGCUGUCGGGGCGGUGCCACAUGACCACAGGCCCAACCUAUGGAGAGACCUCUUUGAGAUGGUCUCCAAGAUCCCACAGCUGCAUCUUAAUCACGUCAAAGUGGGCAUGCUGCAGCAGGAACACAUGUUUGUAAACUUCAAAGGGAGCGGGGAGGGGGAGAUGCUGAAGCAGAAGGAACACACAGGCAAGGGCAUGGACAAGUUUUGGGAGGAGCUGGUAGAGCAGGUCUUUGUGCAGUGGCCGCACAGACCGUCCGUGUCGAACAGUGACGGCUCAGACUCGGACGAGAACAUGGAUGAUGAGGGCGAAGACGAAGACGGUGACGAAUAAUCAGACGAUUGAUGGCAAUGGCAAGGAGACGGUGACACUGGCAGUGCUGGAAGGGUCCGCCUAUCUACGUCACAAGCAAGG